UUAUUGUGAGAACCCCAUCAGGAAUAUUCUCUCGCGUUGUGAGUGCUUUCUUGACUCCUCCUGCUUUCCGUAGUGAGACCAAAGGGGGCGGGACCGGCAUGGCGGCCAAGAUUCUGAAGUAUGCAGCGCUUCCAGCUGCUGCUGUUGCAGUGGGUUUGGGCUCAUUCAGAAUCUAUUCCAUAACUGAGAAAAUAAACGAGGAACUAAUAUCUCCGAAAGAGUUGUCUAUCUACUCCCCAGAUCGCUCUGCUGUGCGGUUUGUGGAGGAACCGGCUGGUGUAUUACAGACGGGGCUGGGGGCCGUGAGGGUGGGCCUGCAGCCAUACGUCAGAGCAGUGCAGAACACCUUCGCUUCAGUCAAAGUUGGAGUGAUAUCUGUUUACCAUGCAGGGCAAGACUCGUAUCACUUUCUUCGAGAUCCACCUCCUGGCUUCUUGCCUAGAGUGGGUGUCAUCGGUGUGUCUGGAUUGGGUGGCCUGAUACUGGCACGCAAGGGCUCUCGUUUUAAGAGGAUUUUCGUUCCUCUUGGUCUGGCUACCGCUGGUACUGCAGUAUGUUACCCCACACAGACUGUUGGAGUCCUGAAGAUUACUGGUAAAAAGGUGUAUACUGUCAGUUCAUCUGUUGCUUCAAUGUUUAAAUCCAAACCGAAGGAAGAUGUCAUCAUGCCUGUUGUUAGUGUGGAGUCGGCUGCCUCUGUAACAAGCUCAGGUAUAGAAUCACCUGCUAAAGCACUUUCUGAACUCCUGCCUGAGUCUGAGCCGGUCGCUGCUGUUCCAGAUGAGGAUGUCACACCAGUAACACAAGUCGUCCCAUCAGUGGACUUAGCCCCAGCAGCAGACGUGUCAGGAGAUGUUCUAGAACCUCCUCCUGCUGUUUAUGUAGCAUCUGGAAUUGCUGCACCACUCUCUGAAUCUGAAGCUCCCCCUGCACCUGCUUUAGAAACUACCCCCGAGUCUGUCCUAGAUGCACAAUCCAGCCCUGUUCCUGAGCCAGCACCUUCUGCCGAAAUAGAUAUUAUUCCUGUUAGGGAGUCUGAUCCCGAAAUUGUCUCAGAAGCUGCCCCUGCUGCUUCAGAACUUGAUGUCCCUGCACCUACAGUUGUUAUAAUGGGGGAGGAGGCCACACCCUCAACUACACCUACUGUAGUGGAAGCCACACCCCCUGAAGAUACCAACCCAACCACAGCAAAUGAGGAACCUGCUUCUGUUGCCCCGGCCCCCGCUGAGGAAGCCAUUCCUCUGAUACCUCCCUCAGCUGAGGAAGCCCCGCUCUCACCUGAACCUCCUAUAGAUGAGCCAGUCACAGGGAAGCCACGUUUUGUUCCUGACCCUGCAUUGCUCGACCAUGGCCAGUCUAAUCCAGAAGACGCAGACAUGUACAGCACACGGAGCUGAAAGAGUGACAGAGAAACUGCGCAGAGAAAGAUGGAGCAUAUGAUAUGUUUUAAUGUGCCAUGAUUCCAACAGCAUUUGAUCACUUUGUGAUUAGGAUAUUUGUUUUACCAGUGAUGUGGAAGAAAGUAAUGGUAUGUUUCUUUCUGUGCUGCCUCACACAUACAAGAAUUUUCUUACCUCAGCAGGGAUGUCAAACACACACACACACACACACACACAAAGCCACAUUUCUGUGUUCAACACGUUAUCAAAAUUUGUUGAUGCCAUGGAGGAAAACGUAGGGUAACAGCACUUUAAUAAUAAAAAAAAAAGUCUGUGGUCCCUUAGUUUAAUCUCCAGAUUUAUUUCUGCCCUCAAUUUUGUGCUCAUUUUAUACUGUGAAAAAAAAAAAAAAGCUUAAACUG